AUGUUGUUAUGUCUACCAUUUCUCUUGUCAAAAUACUUCAACUCGCAAGAAGUCAAAGAUGCAUGUCCAGUUUGUCGCAAAAUUUGUACUUGUAAGGACUGCUUGGAAAAUCCAUCUAAAGACAGUGAAAGUAAGGACUUCUUGGGGGAUAAACAUGAAGUUGAAGUGAUACUGUGUUUCCAUUAUUUGAUUUGUAUGCUUCUUCCUGUGUUGAAACAAAUAAACAAAGACCAGAAUGAUGAACUAGAAAUAGAAGCAAGAAUAAGAGGGCAAAAACCAUCUAAUCUUCAUAUAAAACAUGCUGAUAUUGAAUGCAAUAAGCAGCACUGCUGCAGUAAUAGAUGCAAAGGUUUUAUAUUGGAUCUCCAUAGAAGCUGCCCAAAUUGUUCCUAUAACCUUUGUUUAAGUUGUUGUCGAGAUUUAUGUCAAGAAAGCUUUUUUGGAUGUACUAACUUCUCUAUCCAAAUGUGCUCUAACAAAAGUAAAACCCUUGUGUCUGCUAAUAUGCGACAGGUAGAGAAGCCAAUAAGAACCAAGCAAAAUUCUGGUAGUAAGUACCUUGAGUCUUCUGUGUCACUGCCUGACUGGAAAGUUCAUAAUGGUAAUGGCGAUACAUCUUGCCCACCCAGGGAGUUUGGAGGUUGUGGGGAGAACCUCCUUGAAUUGAGAUUUCUGUUGCCUUUAAAUUGGACCAAAGAGCUGGAAGUAAGUGCAGAACAGAUCGUCUGUAGCUAUGAUGUUCCAGAAACUUCAGACAUAUCUUUGUGCUGCUCUCUGUGUAAUGGAAUGAAUCAGAAAGCUGGAGGAAGAAAGCAGUUGCAAGAAGCAGCUGUAAGAGAAGACUGCAUCCAAUUCUCGAUCAGAGUUUCUUUCUUGACACCACUCACAAAAUGAGGCUUAAGGAGGAGCUUGAGAUUGAACCUUGGACUUUCAUGCACACGUAGGAGAAGCUGUUAUCAUUCCUGCUGGAUGUCCCUACGAGAUUAAGAGCCCUAAGGCUUGUGUUCAUGUUGUGUUGGACGUCAUGUAUCUGGAGAAUGUUACCAAGUGUGCCUAAUUGUCCGAUGAAAUACGACUACUUCCAGAAGACCAUAAAGCCAAAGUAGACAAGUUACAGGUGAAGAAAAUGGCUCUUCACAGUAUUAGUGCUGCUAUCCAAGAAAUUCGUGAGCUUACAUGUGCAAC